AUCCCCCGGCUUAAAUAUUUGACAAAUUAUCCAAGCAAUUUUCUGGUGUUGGGUUUAUGGUCUAACUCUAUCCAUCUAAUCCUCUUCUUUCUUCUUGCUGCCUUCGCCUGCCUUUCAUUGUUUUUUUUUUGGGGGGGUUUUGGUUGUUGUGUCCCAUGGUAAAUCAUCUGAACCAAGAACCUGUCCCCAUUUUUAAUCAAAAGAAGAAAGGUUUCAGUUUACGGGGGAUUACCAGAGUCUUACGAUCAUGGCGAUUUCGUCUUAAGAAAUCCUCCUCUUCCGACCAACCCAUAUACCAACCUUCCCAGGGCUCUCCAGAUGAGAAUGGAGGUGGACAAAAAAUUCUCCGAGUUAGCAGCUGGACAAGCGAUAGCGAUGGGUCGAGAUCCGAAGGUCGGAGUUCUAAAGGUUUUUUCAAGUAUCGAAGCAUGGACGCAUGCUUUUCUCGCCAAGAUUCUACAAACUCAAAGGGUGCAAGCAAGAGGAGCCGCAGCCCCAGCCCCAGCCACAGCCCCAGCCCCAAGCCUUCCUCACAGAAUAAGGAGGGAAGCCUGAGAAGAAGCACAACAACAGAUAGAAAUGGCUUAUUUGAGCCCCUGUCAGGAAGCACGAGUCGCCCGAAUGGUAACCCCAUCAUGUUCUCAAACUCAACAGGGGUGGUGAAACCACCACCAAUUGAGAAGCAACUCGAAUGCACGCUUGAAGAUUUGUGCUAUGGAUGUACCGAGAAGAUAAAGAUCAAAAGGGACGUUAUUACAGAAUCCGGGCAAAGAGUUGAACAUAAGGAGAUGUUAUCAAUAAACGUGGAGCCGGGAUGGAAGAAAGGAACAAAGAUUACAUUUGAAGGAAUGGGAAAUGAAGUACCUCGAUUAUAUGCAGCUGACGUCACAUUCGUUAUUGCCGAGAAACAACAUCCUGUCUUCGGAAGAGACGGUGAUGAUUUGGAGUUAACGAUUGAAAUUCCUCUGGUGAAAGCUCUAACAGGUUGCUGCCUUCCCAUACCUUUACUGGGUGGGGAGAAAAUGGAACUGAAAAUAGAUGAAAUCAUUCACCCUGGAUAUGAAAAGAUAAUCACAGGCCAGGGCAUGCCAACCACAAAAGAAGCCGCAAGCAGAGGUAACUUAAAAGUUAGAUUCCUGAUUAACUUCCCAACGGAGCUCACAGAUGAACAACGAGCCACCGCAGUUAGAAUUUUAGGGGAUUCUUCUUCAUGAAUGUGGUUUUAGUUUCUUUAGGAGUCUCAGAAUUUGUUUUACUUGUGGAUAUGUUUCUUGCAACAGUAUUUCAGACUUCCCUUCAUUGUAAAAUGUAAUGUCAGGUGCUUCGCAGAUACUUCAACAAGGAAUAUAUCACCUGCUCAUUACCAGUCAGCUAAAAUCAAACCAUUUUUAACAUUUUCAUAAAUGUAAUGGGACCUGGCAGAAUAACAUUCCAAUAUGAUGCCACUUACAAUACCUGUUAGACAUGUAAAUGUAAUGGUACCUUUCAAACUGGAACAAA